GCGCUCGUCUACCGGCUCAACUUCGACCAGCCGCUGCGCAACGCGGGCCGCUUCGCGCCGCGCGCCGCCGCCGCCGACGUGGUGCUCGUGGUGCAGGUGCACGAGCGCGCCGAGCACCUGCGGCUGCUGCUGGCGUCGCUGCGGCGCGCGCCCGGCGUCGAGAACGUGCUGCUCGUGCUGAGCCACGACGUGUGGGCCGAGGAGCUGAACGCGCUGGCGGCGCGCGUGGACUUCUGCGCCGUGCUCCAGGUGUUCUUCCCGUUCAGCGCGCAGCUCUACCCGCGCGAGUUCCCYGGGCACGACCCGCGCGACUGCCCGCGCGACGUGGGCCGCGCGGCCGCGCUGCGCCUCGGCUGCCUCAACGCCGACUUCCCCGACUCCUUCGGGCACUACCGCGAGGCGCGCUUCGCCCAGGCCAAGCACCACUGGUGGUGGAAGCUGCACUUCGUGUGGGAGCGCGUGCGGGCGCUGCGCGAGCACGCGGGGCCCGUGCUCUUCCUCGAGGAGGACCACUACCUGGCGCCCGACUUCUACCACGUGCUCAAGCGGCUGUGGGCGCUGCGCGCGCGCGACUGCCCCGACUGCCAGAUCGUGUCGCUCGGCGGCUACGGCCCCGUGCGCGGCGGCUUCGCCGGCCGCGCCGACAAGGCCGAGGUGAAGACGUGGAAGUCCACGGAGCACAACAUGGGCAUGGCCUUCGGCAGGGACACCUACCGGCAGCUCAUCGAGUGCACGGACGCCUUCUGCACCUACGACGACUACAACUGGGACUGGACCCUGCAGCACUUGACUGUCUCCUGUCUUCCAAAGUUCUGGAAAGUGCUGGUGCCCGAGAUCCCGCGCAUUUUCCACACCGGGGACUGCGGCAUGCACCACAAGAAGGCCUGCAGACCCGGCAGCCAGAGUGCCAAAAUCGACUCGCUCCUGAGCAGCAACCAAGAGCACCUGUUCCCCGCGACCAUGAGUGUCAGCAAGAGGUACUCCAUGGCGCCCCUCGCCCCCCACGUCAAAAACGGAGGGUGGGGGGACAUCAGGGACCACGAACUCUGCAAAAGCUACCGCAGGCUUCAGUGAGGAGCGUCCUGGCAGCCUUUUUCUUUACCGAUUGUACUGUCUUUUACAGACACUCACAUGUAGGAAAGCAUUUAUGAGUUGGUUUCUGCUUUAAUAUGAAUAAACACUCU